AUGAUCCAACAUUUCUUGAACAAAUCCCCCGUGUUCCUAGACAUUAGGGAACAAGGAAGAGUUAUUUUGCAACUGCGUGAGGUGGAGCAAAGAGUCUCCAUGCCCCAAGGAACAGACCUGAAGACCAAAGACCUCAAAGCCAUAGCUAAGGAGACGGCUAGAAGUCUCCGGGAAGAGCUGGGACCCUUCACCUCACCCCUGCUCUGGAGUGAGUAUUUCCUCAAUGCAGCGGUGAGACAUCUGAAUUUCCAGCUGGAAGACUUCAUUGACGAGGACAGAGGCCGACGACCAAGACGUUUCUUCUCCCGAUUGUUUAAGAUGUUCAGGAUCAAGAAGAACAGAGUGUCGCCUGGUCCUCUGAGAGCAUACAUCAGAUCAGCAUACUAA